UAAUCACAGUAUUUGUGGAUCAGAGGGCCCGUAUUCGAACUCGGAACCCAGACAUAAUGUUUAGAGUGACCGGAACUCUAUCGGCGGUAUCAUCUCCAGCGGUGGUGGCGGCGUCUUACUCCGCAGUUCUGAGACUCUCUGUUACGUCCACUCUCGCUAUCGUCUCUCCUCCCAAUCCCCGCUGGUUCUCGACGUUUUCUCGUUCAUUUCUCGGCGGACGCAUCUCUUCGCUCCGACCACCACGCGUUCCUUCUCCGUGCCCGAUCAGGCUCUCUGGUUUCUCGGCUCUCAAAAUGAGAGCUUCGUUUAGCAGCAGUGGGAGUAGUCCAGGUAGAGAGAUUCUGGUGCAGCAUUUGCUUGUUAAUGGGGAUGAUACUGAGCUCUUUGCUGAACUCCAAAAGAAAAUCUUGGAUGGAGAGGAUAUGAAUGAUCUUGCGGCUGAGUACUCGAUUUGUCCAUCCAAAAAGGAUAGUGGUAUACUUGGAUGGGUAAAACUGGGUCAAAUGGUACCAGAGUUUGAGGAAGCUGCGUUCAAAGCAGAGCUGAAUCAGGUGGUGAGGUGUAGAACCCAGUUUGGCUUGCACUUAUUGCAAGUUCUAUCUGAGAGGGAACCUGUGAAAGAUAUCCAGGUGGAGGAGCUGCAUUCCAAAAUGCAAGAUCCAGUUUUCAUGGAUGAGGCUCAGUUAAUUGAUGUCAGAGAACCCGACGAGAUCGCAAUCGCAUCCUUGCCAGGAUUCAAAGUGUUCCCGCUCCGCCAAUUCGGAACCUGGGCACCAGACAUCACUUCAAAGCUGAACCCUGAGAAGGAUGUAUUUGUCAUGUGUAAGGUUGGUGGCAGGUCAAUGCAAGUUGCGAACUGGUUACAGUCUCAGGGCUUCAAGAGUGUGUACAAUGUAGCUGGUGGAAUCCAAGCUUAUUCUCUCAAGGUUGACCCAUCAAUUCCUACUUACUGAAACUGAGAAUCCUAGUAGUGUAUUUGGCUCUGUUUCUGGCAUCCUAAUUCCAAAGAACAUUGCAAAUCGUAUUCAAUAAACUAUAUAAUAUAAGGUUCAUUUUAGACAGUA